UUGAGAUUAAUAUAUAAUAUUUAUGUAAAAAUAAAAAUAGUAAAUUAAUUACUAGUCUUAAUGGGUUAUCUGUUUACCCAAUAUUAAAAAUCAACACCAAAACAAAAACUCAAUAACUUUAUAUUAUAAAACCGUUAAAAUCUCGUUAACCCAGUAACAAUAAAUCAAUAACAUUUUUUGUUCGAUUCUGUUUUUGCACACUCCUAACCUCCAACCCCUUUCUUACUUAACUAGUGUAGAAACUCUUUCAUAUCAAAUAAAGCUUCAAUCCCCUGCAUAUAUAUACAAUAUACCAAAGUAGGCUAAUUAGUAAAUGUGAACAAUGGAACUUAAUAUGCUAUUUAACUCGACGAUAUUUAUGCCCUCCAACUUCAGUGGUUUGUACACAGGUAUGUACUGGAACUUGUAUAAAAUUAUUGAACAAGAAGACACACGCAUUCUACAUGCAUAAUACACCUAAGACACGAAAUUGCUAUGUAGGAUGCCGCAUAGAAUGAAUGUUUUUAUUUAUUUAGUUUUAUACAAGUUUAAGUACCUACUUGUGUACAUCAAUACCCCGAGAAGCUUGAAAUGGGUUUACUCUAAACAUAAAGUCAGGAUAUAAGUAGAUAGAUCUGUCAUUUGAUGGUAAUAGAUUGCAGUGAUCAAUAGCUGAAUAUCCGCGUUUAUUUUGAAAACUGAAAUGCUUCUGUGCAGAAACAGUUUGAGACUAUGUUAGGAUUUGCAUACAUUGCUACCUUUGUUUCCCUAGUAGUCAAUAAGAUUCGACUCCUACGGUUGUAAUCAGAAAAUGAAUGCUAUCCCAAACAUCCGUACUCCAAAUAUCAUCAACAACAACAAGGUAUCUUCGACCCUUUAGGCUUUUUUGCACCAGGUCGGCUAACUCAUUGUCAUCCUUCACAUUAUACUCUUUUUCGAUGUCAAUAUUUGUUUGCUUUGAAAUGCAAUGUAAAGCUUCUAACAACACAUUUCUUCUUCCAUAUUCUUGAGAUAUUGUAAUCCAAACACGAAUGUCAAAAUGAUAGCUGAGUUUUGGGUGAUCAUAAGCUUUUCUAGCGAGUGAUGAUUUGCCUAUGCAACCCAUGCCUGAUAUUGUGACAAUGUCACAACUGUCCUGUCAGUUUUUCAUCUAUUAUCUCCAGGUCAUCAUCAAGCCCGUGCACGAUAUCUUCUUCCAAAUGUUGCAGUGUUGGAUUGCUAAUCAAGGAAUCCCCAUCAGAUUCAAGAUUUUGAUCAACAUGAGUGCUUGAGGUAAACUCAAAAACAAUCUCCAUCACUUCGUUCUUUUGUGUACCGAUUUUUUCAUCAACUGAUAGAAAAUUCUUGAACAAGAAGGGUAUCGAGCAUUUUAGCCAUUUGACCCUGAAUGAGGUCUGGAUGUCUCUGCUGAAGUUUCUUAAGAGACUUGAAAGCUUAGUAUCACAAUAUAAAACUUCUCAGUUUUUUCAACUAUCUUUCUUUCAAUCUUUAAUCCCACAACUUGUUGUAUAAUAUCAUUUAGUUACUUUCCUACACCACUUCAUCAUAGUGUUUAUCCCCGAAUUGGCUGCCUUAACUAGUAACAGAAAAACAAAGUCAGAAGAGUACAUGUAAUAUAAUAAUUCUCCCAUCCCUUUUCAUUUUGCAAGUGUUUGAUUAAGUUGAUAUAAAGAUAAUCGAAAUAAUCAAAUGAAAGUGGAUGGGAGAAUUAUUAUAUUACACCUACUCCUCUGACUUUGUUUUGUUUUAAUAGUUAAGUCAGAUAAUUUAUGGGAUAAACACUAAGCUAAGGUGGUGUUGGAAAUUAAUUAAAUGGUGUAUUGACAACAAGUUGUGGGAUUAAAUAUUAAGAGAAAGAUAGUUGAAACAGCUGAGUAGUUUUACAUUGUGAUACUAAGUUCAAAUCUGUGUCUUUUUUAUCUUGUUAAGGUAUUUCAAGCGAAAAUCUUUGUUACUUUGAGUCCUAAUUUGAUGGAAGGUUAUACAGCUGUAAUUUCUCUUCUUCAAACUCUUGAGCAACUACAGCAGAGCCGUCCAGACCUCAUUCAAGGUAAAAUGGUUAAAACGCUCGAUUCCCUUAUUGCUACUGCUGAAUAUUUUCAAAAUGUUGUCGAGGAAACUAGCAAGAGUAGAUUUGAUGUAGAAACAAUCAAAUCUUUGGAGGAAAAAAUAAGAGCUUCUGCUAGUUAUACAGAAGAUGUUGUUGAGCUGACGAUUUAUGAAAUCAUCGAAGGCUUAAGCUGGACAUUUGGAAUUGCACCUACAAGUUUACUACACAAGAAUUUGCUAUCAGUUGUUGGAAAAAUCGAUACACAAAAGAAUGAAGUGAUGGAGAUUGUUUCUGAGUUUACCACACGCACUCAUGAUGAUCAAAUUCUUGAAUGUGAUGGGUAUUCAAGCAACGCAACACUGCAACAUUCGGAAGAUGAUAUCAUGCGCGGACUUGAUGAUGACCUGGAGAUCAUAGUUGAAAGACUGACAGGACAGUUGUCAGAUCUAGACAUUGUUACAAUAUCAGGUAUGGGUGGCAUCGGGAAAACAACACUCGCUAGAAAAGCUUAUGAUCACCUAAAACUCAGGUAUCAUUUUGACGUUCGUGUAUGGAUUACAAUAUCUCAAGAAUAUGGAAGAAGAAGUGUGUUGUUAGAGGCUUUACAUUGCAUUUCAAAGCAAACAGAUAAUGCCAUAAAAAAAGAUUAUGACGUAAAGGAUGACAAUGAGUUAGCCGACCUGGUGCAGAAAAGCCUAAAGGGUCGAAGAUACCUUGUUGUUGUUGAUGAUAUUUGGAGUACGGAUGUUUGGGAUAGCAUAAGAGGUAUAUUUCCUGAUUACAACCGUAGGAGUCGAAUCUUAUUGACUACUAGGGAAACAAAGGUAGCAAUGUAUGCAAAUCCUAUUAGCCCUCAUGAGAUGAACCUCUUGAAUUUAGAGAACAGUUGGAAGUUGCUUUGUGAUAAGGUGUUUGGACCAAAUAAUUGUCAUCCUCCUGAGUUGGAAGAAAUCGGAAAGAAAAUAGCGGAAAAAUGCCAAGGACUACCCUUAACAAUUUCAGUGAUUGCAGGACAUCUUUCUAAAGUGUCUAGGACAUUAGGAAGUUGGAUGGAUGUUUCCCGAACCUUAGGUGAAAUCAUUUCUAGUCAUCCAGAUAAAUGCUUAGGAGUGCUCGGUUUGAGUUAUCACCACUUGCCUAAUCACCUCAAACCUUGCUUUCUUUCUAUGGGUAGUUUCCCAGAGGACUAUCAUGUUGAGACUUGGAGAUUGAUUCAAUUAUGGAUCACACAAGGUUUUAUAAGGAGGUCUGGAAGUGAUGAAAGCUUGACCGAAGUGGCGAAAGAUUAUCUGGAGGAUCUUAUCAGCAGGAAUUUGAUAAUGGUUAGAAAAAAGAGAUUCAAUGGUGAGAUAAAAGCAUGUGGAAUGCAUGAUCUACUGCGUGAAUUCUGUUUGACGGAAGUUGAACUGACACAGUUUAUGUAUGUUGAGACAACUAAAGUAGUCCCUACUGUUUCUGCACAGAGGCAUUUCAGUUUUCAAAAUUCAGCUAUUCAUCUUUUCCAUCUAUUCCCAUCAGUUGCCAGAUCUAUCUACUUAUUUCCUGACUUUACGCUCAGACCAGACAUUGACGAUUUCUCCCAUUUCAAGCUUCUCAGGGUAUUGGCAGUAUUCAAUGAAUAUAAUUGUUUUCGUUCAUUUCCACUUGUAAUUACCAAAUUAUUUCAUCUCAGAUAUCUCCAAAUUCGAUGUGAUGACAAUCCUCCUGCAUCAAUCGCAGAGCUUCAGAAUUUGCAAACUCUAGUAUAUGGGAGAGAACGCGGUUAUACAACUUUACCAGAGAAGAUAUGGAUGAUGAAGAAGUUGAGGUGUAUACAUAUAAGGGAAGCCUUCUAUUUACCUAGUCCGGGAAGAAAAAGUAUCCUAAAUAAGCAUCUUGCGAUAGGGAUGCCAAAUGUAGAGGAACUUUAUAACCUCUCUAUCACCAGUUGUACAAACAAAGUCUUUUCUAACAUUCCCAAUGUAAAGAGAUUGAUUAUCCAAAAUAAUGCUUUACUGAGAACCGGGGAUAGGGCCAGUUCCCUCGUUGAUACCUCCAGCUUAACAAAACUCGAAGCAUUGAAGUUUGUUAAAAAAUUGUCUUGGUCUGCGCGGACAUUGAUCUCCAUCAGGUCAUUACCAAUAUCACUUAAGAGGUUGACUUUAGCUGGUUGGCAUAGUUUUCGUUGGACAGACAUAUCAGCUCUUGUUAUGUUGCCAAAUCUUGAAGAGCUCAAACUUAAAAACUAUGCAGCCAAUGGUUAUGUAUGGAGAUUGAAUGAUGAAGACAAAUUCCAAAGCCUAGAGCUUUUGUUAUUUUGCAACAUAAACGUUGAGCAUUGGGAAGCUAGCAGUGAUAACUUCCCAAAUCUAAAACGCCUUGUUCUGAAGGAAUGCAGAAAACUUAAGGAAAUUCCAAUAGAUUUUGGAGAAAUUUGUAGUUUGGAGUCAAUUGAGUUGCAUAAUUGCAGCACUCUUGCUGAGGAAUCUGCAAGAAAGAUCGAACAAGAACAAGAGGACAUGGGAAACAAUUGCCUUAAAGUCUACAUCAAUAUAUAACACUCAAUGGGACUGAUGCUUAUUUUGAGGGACUAUCUGACAGUAUAAGUUCGUUUAAAGGUAGGUUCUCUCUGAAAGAUAGACUCGGAUAGGAAUAGAGAAGAGAAGUUGGCAUCGAGCAUACAACAUUUUCUUUUAUGUUAUGUUUUAGGAAUAAGCAUGUCUUGCCAAUUUGUGAAACUUUCAACUAGUUGUUGCGCAACAUUUGACAUAUAUGUAUGAAAAGUAAUAUUUGAUCUAUAUAUAUACAAUAUAAUUUUUCAGCAAAGGGUGAUGGAUUGUAGUUUCGACUCUACAAAAAAGUAAUCAUAUGAUAAAUAGUAGCGUAGCAAAGAGUAGGGAGAUCUUUCUUUCUUAGAGAAUGACACGAUGGUUCUCUUUUUCCAUUUAGUCAAUAGGAAAGAGUUACUAAGGUAAGAAUCCGGGGCGGAGUGAUUACAAGUUUGCUAGUAGCUUUGGCUCAAACUCAACAUACCUAUUUACAUUUGAUGAUUGCAUUUGCGCUCCACCGGGUUCAGAUGCCCGGGCAAUUUCCCUGAAGCUCCUGUGUCUAGCAAAUAUCGACCCAUCGCAACUCUGCAUAUCAAAUGUCUUUCAACUCAUCGCAACUCUGCGUAUCAAAUGUCUAUAUAAUUAUUAUGUCGUUUGGAUGACCUUAUUGUCCUACUACUUUAUACAUUGUUUGUACAUAAAAUUUGAACUCUAUUUUCAUUAGACUCACCAUGGUUGCAACCACCUUGAUUAAAAGUUGUCAUGGGGCAUGUAUGGUAUAAAGCAAAAUAUUUUUUUUAAAACAUGUGUCGCUCUCCAAUGUUUGGUUGCAAAAAAAAAUCACAGAAACUCUUUUCACCAAAAAAAUAAUUUUGGAUCGACUGAAAAGAUGGUAAUUUCCAAUAGAGACUGAAAAGAUGGUAAUUUUUCAAAGUAGCAAGAUCAAGAAAAACAUAAUGAUAAAAGAUUGUCAGGUAACAAAAA